AUAUGAAGGGGCUUUCUGGGGUUGGAAGACGACAUUGAUACGAAUUCAACCUCGUAACACAAAAUCGACAAUGACAAUCGAAUCCCUCCUAGCGAGCAUCACGUCGCCCUCAGGCGGUUCAACCGGCAGCAGCGUGGCAGACUCUCACCCCAACCGAACCGACUCCGAUGACCCUGAACUCGUCAAACUGCUCUCCCAAAAUGACGCCGAGCUCAGCAAGCUCAUGUCCGAGCUAUCGAAACGGGUCGGCGCUGCGACAGAUCAGGACGGUGUUGGGGCUGGAGGGAAGGGACUGAAACUUACGGGGGACGGAUCGGCACCGUCGCCGAUGCAUGAAGUUAUGCCUGAGCCGGGGUUCGUGGUGAAGACGCACAAUACGGUGAAGGUGGACGACUGGGGAGUAGGGUUGAAGGUGUUCAUCAACAUCUGCCACAGCCCAAACAUCCCUGCCCCGCCCCCAGCAACAAAAGAGGAGAUCGUGAAAGCACUGAAUGCGGAAGAUAAUGCGGCGUAUAAGGUCCCAUUGAGUUUGAGCUCACCUAGGCCUGAUCGGGAUAAAUCGGGCAAAACGUGCUUGGUGUUCGAUGCAUGCGUCAACACGGAUCCACUGGAUAAGGCCGCUGAAGACGGAGACUUCAAGCUGUUCUUGAUUGAGCUGGCGUUGGAGUGGGUGGAAGAGAAGUAUAAGUUGCAGCUCAGUCGAGAAUUCACACUUCCGAAGAUGGCAUCAAAAGGUCGCUUAUCGAAACACAUCAUCCGACGAGCCAAACGACCGAUUAUCGCCGAGGUGGAUAGACCAAAUGGAUCGAAAUCUGCAGCGAAAUCAACCGCCCCGACACAAUUGAAACCGACGGCGAUGAAGACACUGCACCUACCACGUCCCAAGUAUGACAUUGUCCGCGAACCACCAACGAGCACGCCUGAGUUCUUGAUCGUGGAAAUUCAGCUCCCUGGCGUCCCAACAAUGAAAACAACAACGCUCGACAUUGAACAAUCCCGCCUACUCCUGCACAUCCCCAACCACUUCGCCCUGGACAUCGAUCUUCCGCACCCGAUCGAUGUCGCGGAAGGCGGCGCGCAGUUUCAUCGCGGGGAUAAGGUGCUAACUGUUACGUUGACCGUUAAGUGAGGGAUGCAGAUAAACAUCGGAUAUACCACCUCGUCCUUCUACCGACCUUCUUCGCUGAGCACCUGCUCUGCAUCUCAUGUGUGCUUACCUUGGCCGGCACAGAGGGCAAGCCCUUGCGGUGACCGAAACAGGAUGCGGCGUACCGAAAGACUUCCAACUGGAUCAAAUGCCUUACCUCAACUCGGAGCGAACUUUGAACCCUUGAUGCGCAUGACGGAUAUAGGAAGUCAUCACCAUCUGAUUGCGUAAUGCAUGGUUCGAAGUACUGCAGCAUCCUAUUUCGCGUUGCCGGCGUCUCUCGGAGUUGGUUCCUCCAAAGCCUUCCCAUCAAUUCGUACUAUCCAGCGGUUUGCAAGCUUCAAUGCGAUGGCUGGAAAUAGGGUGCUUAGUCUACUUUGUAUCUUGAAUGAACAAUGUUGGUGACAUGCCUCGCGAAAUAGACUGCAGCUGGCAAUGGCAUUAGCCGAUAGGUUUCCUCAGGU